AUGUCCAUCUCAAAAGGUAUAGCAUUAAUAACAGGGUCUGCUCAGGGAAUUGGUCGCGGCAUCGCUCUUCGGCUUGCACGGGAUGGCUUUAACGUCGCUCUCAAUGAUUUACCCAACAAGGAUGCCAAGCUGGAGGCGGUAGCGACUGAAAUUGAAAGCCUUGGGAGACAAGCAUGCAUCGUUCCCGGCGACGUGACUGUCGACAAACAAGUCAAAGGGAUGGUCGAUGACGCCGUUACAAAACUUGGUGGACUGGAUGUCAUGGUCGCGAAUGCUGGAGUGGUGGAGUUUGCCUCCCUUGUGUCAUCGACUGUAGAGUCAUGGGACCGCACACUCUCAGUAAACGCCCGUGGAGCUUAUCUAUGUUACAAGUAUGCUGCAAUACAGAUGAUCGAACAGGGGCGUGGCGGUCGAAUCAUUGGUGCGAGCUCAAUCGCGGGCAAAAUGGGCUUCGCCCACAACUCCUCAUAUACAGCGAGCAAAUUUGCGAUUCGAGGGCUCACUCAAGCUGCAGCUGUUGAACUUGGUCAAUAUGGGAUUACUGUCAAUGCAUAUGCUCCGGGCGCGAUACAGACUAAUAUGAUGAAGAUCAUGCUGGAUGAGUCUGGGAACGUCAAUUAUGAACAGCUUAUCGACAAUCCUAGCUCGAGGAAGUGGUUUAUGUCGUUAGCUGAGAAUGUCCCCAUCAAGCACAUCGGACAGCCUGAAGAUAUAGCUAGCAUCGUAAGCUAUCUCGCAUCGAAGGAAGCGCACUUCAUGACCGGUCAAUGUAUUUCUGUCGAUGGGGGAAUGAGGAUGGGCUGA